GAUAAGUCAGUUGAUAUUGACAGAUAACAUAACCUCAAUAAUAAAGAAAAAGAUUUAAAUAAAUUUAUAAAUAAUGAAAAAGUAUCGUAUAUGCAUGGUAUCCGAUUUUUUUUAUCCAAAUACAGGAGGUGUAGAAGAGCACAUAUACAACUUAUCUCAAUGUUUAAUACAAAAAGGUCACAAAGUAAUCGUAAUAACGCAUAGUUACGGUGAUAAAGUCGGAGUAAGGUAUCUCACAAACGGUUUGAAAGUGUAUUAUUUACCUAUAAAGGUGUUUUAUAACCAAUGUAUUCUCCCUUCGAUGUUUUGUAACUUACCGUUAUUGAGAUAUGUUUUAAUUAGAGAACGUGUCGAGAUUGUUCAUGGACAUUCUGCCUUUUCAGCUUUAGCACAUGAAGCUUUAAUCAUUGGUGGAUUAAUGGGUUUAAAAACUGUCUUUACUGAUCAUAGUUUAUUUGGUUUUGCUGAUGCAAGUGCUGUGAUUACAAACAAAUUAUUAGAAAUAACUUUAUCAGAUUGUAAUCAUUGUGUAUGUGUUUCUCAUACUGGGAAAGAAAAUACUGUGUUGAGGGCUGGAGUUCAUUUUAAUCGUGUUUCUGUUAUUCCAAACGCUGUGGAUACAUCAAUGUUUAUACCUGAUCCUUCAAAAAGUUCUCAAACUCAUAUAACUAUUGUAAUCAUAUCAAGACUAGUUUAUAGAAAAGGUGUUGAUUUAAUGGCUCAAAUCAUUCCUGAGAUUUGUCAAAAAUAUCCUACAGUACAUUUUAUUAUAGGUGGAGAUGGCCCAAAGAGAUGGUUAUUAGAAGAAGUUAGAGAAAGACAAGGUUUACAAGAUAGAGUAAAAUUAUUAGGAUCUUUAGAUCAUUCAAAAAUUCGAAAUGUUUUAAUACAAGGUCAUAUAUUUUUGAAUACUUCCUUAACAGAAGCUUAUUGUAUGGCUAUUGUUGAAGCUGCUUCUUGUGGGUUAAAAGUUGUUUCUACAGAAGUUGGUGGUAUUCCAGAAGUACUUCCACCAGAUUUAAUCUACCUAACACAACCAAAUGUUCUUUCAUUAAUUAAAGGUGUUGAACAAGCAAUAUUUGAUAUUAGAAAAGGGCUUUUUGUGUGCCCUUUUGAAUGUAAUCAAAGAAUAAGUAAAUAUUACAAUUGGUCCAAUGUUUCUGAAAGGACAGAAAGUGUUUAUGAAAAAAUUAAAAGCGAACGAUGUACAGAUUUACCAGAAAAAUUAAAUAGAUACUUACGUAGUGGAGUGUGGCCAUUUCUUUUAGUAAUUUCUUUGUGUCAUAUAAUGUUAAAAAUAUUAGAAGUGAUUGUACCGAGAAGAUUUAUUGAUAUAGCACCAGAUUAUAGGAUUAAAAAUAAAAAAGAUUGAGUGUUUCUGUAAAAUAUCUAUGUAUUUUUUUUACUUUUUAUUACAUUUUUUUAAUUAUUUGUUUCCCAAGCGGAAGUAAUACAAAUAAUGACAAUAUGCGUUU